AUGCGCCAAGACGCCGCUUUCCAGCCCUACGCCUACCACAUCGCUGCCGCCUUGACUCGUGCCUUGCUUCCGAAUACCCUCGUCACCACCACACACUUUGCCAUGAAAUACUCGAAUGCGAUUUUCCUGGCAGCGCUAGCUAGCGCCUGCCCGACUCCAAAAGAUUGGACCCUGCGACAAUGGGAUGCUAUUAUUGUUGGCGCUGGUACCGCGGGUAUUAUUGUUGCCGAUAAACUCAGUGAAGCUGGCCUCAGCACUUUGCUUCUUGAGCAAGGAGGCGCAUCUUACGCCAUCACUGGUGGGACUGAGCGUCCAUCUUGGCUUGAAGGCACAGAUCUGAGCCGGGUCGACGUUCCUGGACUCUACUCUAGCAUUUUCGGAACCCCGGAUUCUAAUUUGAUUUGUAAGCCCGAAGCAGUACGGGCGUUUCAAGCGUGCACCAUGGGUGGAAAUAGUGCCAUCAAUGCCGGUCUAUAUUUUCAACCGCCAUCGUCUGACUGGGACGACUACCACCCGGAAGGAUGGCACAGUGCAGACAUGCAAGGCGCUACAGAGCGUCUCUUACAGAGGCAACCAGCCAUUACAAACUAUUCUUCGGACGGCAAGUCGUAUGUCGAAGAUAUUCAAAACGCCACAAAGAGCUGGCUUGUGGACGGCGCCGGUUACGAAGACGUCUCCUUUGCGGAUGAACCGGACAAGAAGGAAAAAGCUUACGGUCGCCCUGUUUACAACUACAUUGAUGGGCAAAGAGGAGGACCUGUGAGAACAUACUUGCAGACUGCGCUUUUGCGGAAGAAUUUCCACCUUUCGACCGGAGUCAAGGUCAAGCAUGUCAACCACGAGGGCGGAAAAGCUUCUGGUGUGGAGAUUGACCUCGGCAACGGCACAACAAAGGCUAUCCGUCUUGCGCCGAGCGGCCGUGUCGUUUUGAGCGGCGGUGCACUCCAGUCACCCCAACUUCUCAUGCACUCUGGAAUUGGUCCUCAGGAGACUCUGCAGAAACUUUCCGACAAGUCCUUUGGCGCCUACACUGAAGCUUCCUCUUGGGUCGUGCAGCCUUCUGUAGGCGAAGGCCUCUUUGACAACCCAAACACCUUUAUCCAGCUGUCCUCCCCCGCGAUCCAGUCGUACAACUACAAAUAUGACGAGAUUGAUACGGAGGACAAAGAUCUUUAUCUGAACUCGAGAAGCGGACACUACUCGUUCGCGUCGCAGGCGGCCGCGUUCUGGACAUAUAUGCCACACGAGGACGGCACUCGUUCUGGCGUGCAGGGCACUAUUAGCUCGACCGGCUAUGCCAAGUACAUGGACAACCACACCAUUACCCUCAACGUGUAUGGCACCUCCGGCCUUCUGUCCGCCGGACGUGUCGAGCUAUCCGACGAUGGCCAGUUUAUCGCAGGUGCCAGUGCCGAUACGUACUACUCCAACCCCCGUGACGCAAAGGCCAUUGCGGCGUUUGUGCACGACAUCUUCCAGGCUCUGCCUCCGUCGACUCCCGAGUCUCCUGCCGCUGAUGGUCUGACGCCGCUGAACAUUGCGCGCGAUGCGACUGCGGACGAGAUUGAAAAGUACAUCACAACACCCUCAGACUACGCCCGCGGACAGGUGAACCAUUGGUCCAGCUCCUGUCGCAUCGGGAAAUGUGUUGACGCGGACACGAAAGUUAUUGGAACGGAAAAUAUUCACAUCGUUGACGCAUCCAUUCUAGCACCAAUGACUGUCAAUCCUCAGUUCGCAGUCAUGGUCGCAGGUGAAAAGGGAGCUGAGAGAAUCCUGGCCUUGGUCGGGAAAUAA